AUGUCUUCCUCUCCAAGUUCUGAAGAACUAACCGUUGCAUCUGCUUUGAUUCUUCUUCACACUACACCACGAAGGUUUCAUUCAAGUUCCGUCUAUGGAGUUUCUGUUGAAAGAAGAAGCAUCACUAGCAAGCGUUUCAAAGAGAGUUCCGUUAGAUCUUCAGCUUCGUCUUCGUUUUUGAUCAACGGUGAUUCUUCAGAUCAGAGCGAAGAGAUGAAGUCAUAUCCUGUUUCGUUCUUUUCUGCAACUCAUCGUUAUCAUCAGAUGAAGUUCAAGAUUGCAAGGAAGAUCAGGUCGAAGGUAAUGUGGUCGUCGGCUUCCUGCUCCGGCGACCGUAAAGUGAAAACAGGCACCACUACGAAAGUUUCUCCGGCAUCUGCUUCCGGAGAGGUUACGUCGUGUUUGUCAACCACCUCAAGCGCGCGAAGCUUGCGCUAUGCUAACAGAAGCAGAUCUGCGAGUGGAACAGAGAAUGGAAUCCAGCGCAAGACACCGCCUUCGGUGACUAAGAACCGCGUGAAGACUAUCGCCGGAACGCCUCACCUUCAUCGGCGAGGCGAAGCUAUAUUGAAGUUUCUCUCUCACGGCGGUUCUUCUGAACUGAGGAUCCGUCAAAUGCUUGGUGAUAGCCCGGACACAAGCAAAGCUCUCCGAAUGUUGCUUAAGGCUGAUGCAGUGAAAAGAUCAGGCUCGGGCGGGCGUCAUGAUCCCUUUGUUUAUAUGAUAAGUGGAUGA